GCCGAGAUGUCAUGUUUGAUUCCAUUUAACUAAAUAGGGUUUGUUGUAGCAACAAAUGGAAACAACCCUUUUUUAAAACAACGGCGAUAGUCACAAUAGUAAGAAUAAUAGGUUUCCAAAAUUUUAUCUUCCCAUCGAAGUAGAGGAAUGAAGAAUGCGAUAAAUUAUGAUUUUCCUGGGAGGAUUACUCCUGCGUCGAAUAAUACUUGGGCAGUCAGAUACACCUGUGAAAAAAAGUCUGCUUGGCUGUUGGCUGUUGAAGAAGAAGAGAAAAAUGUAAAACGGCAACAAGAGAAAGAAGUCCGCCAACGACAGUUUCAAAAUCGUCUCAGAAAACGUGUUGCAGCCAUUCAACAAAAGAAAAAGCAGAAAGAAUUGGAACUGAGCAUGAAAGAGCUUGAUGUAGCCCAAGAUGUCUUGAGAAACUGCAUGAAUACUGAAUUACAAUCAUCCCAGCAAAAUACCAACAAAACUUCCCAGACUGAACAAUUCAUAGCAGAUUCUGGUAAUGUUGAUACUACAUUAAACAAACCCAAGAAUCAUUGUAAAUCAAAUCACACAACUAUAAAUAAUUUAACAACUGGUACUGCCAAAUUAAAUCCAGGAAAAACUGUUGUAUCUGUUAGCUCUGAUAAGACAAAAGAAGCAUCUGGAAAAAUUUCUUUUCCAUUAGAUUAUAAGAAAAUGGUAAAGAACUUUAAUAACGGCAUAGGUGCUAAACUACCUACAGCUCUAUCGAAAAACAAUAUGGAUUGGAAGAGAAUGAAACAACAGAUGAUGCAGCGUGUACUGACCCGUAAAAUGUUCAUGGAGAUGGACCGUGAAAAGAUUAAGUUAAUUCAGCAGAGAAGUAAUUUGAAUGCAAAGCAAUUUAUCUCAUUUUAUGAAAAGAAAUGGAAAGAACAGUCCAAUAAUCCUCUAAACUUUCAGCCUAAAACACAACAUGAAAUUUUUGAACUGGAAAUACAUGACUGGUCUAGAAAACAUUCUAAACUAAAUAGAAUGUGCAGUUUCUAUCAACGACAGGUGUACUAUCUGCAAGAGAAACUGGAAAAGAAAUGCCAGCAAUUAUCAAUAGACAUUCCUGCAUUGUGCUCUUGUGAUAACAACAGCAAAGAUCUGGCAUGGUUAUACUGUGAUAAUAACUGCAGGUUUUAUAGACAACCAUCAGUUUACUGUAAUGCGCUCAGGUCGCUUUUGAAAUCACUGGAGAUCAACACACCAUGAAAUAUAUAUAUUCAAUUUAAUAUUAUGAAUAAAAAUUUUGUACUCCA